AUGAUUGGACGUAUCGUACGCCUUGUUGGACUCUCGUCCUUGCUCGCAGUGCCCGCUGCAGCCCAAUUCGGAUUGGGAAAAAAGAAAGGGGGAAGUUUUCAAGAAAUGAAUGAACAAGCAAAGCAAAUGGAUAGUCCUACUCCAGGUGGUGCCGAUGCCGGUGGUUUGGCCGGAUUGGAAAGUUUGUUGGGUGAUAUCGACCCCAGCCAGUUGGAACAGUUGGCAGGAAUUGGAGAAUAUUUCAAUGAAGUGAUGGAACUAAUGGGUGAUAUGUCACCUGAAGAGCUUGAGAAACAAAUGAAGGAUGCGAUGGAAAUGCUUACUGGCGGGGAUAUGAUGAAGGGAAUGAUGGGUAUGCAAGAUGAGAUAAUAAAGACAAUGGAAGAGUCUGGUCAAGUUUCAGCUGAAGAGCUUGCAAAGUACAAAGCUGAUCCUGAAUAUUUCGAACAAAAAAUGAAGGAGUCAUUCGGUCAGAUGCAAGAGCUCUUUAAUGAUCCAGAUACAUUGAAAGCCGCCACAGAAGGAAUCAAGGGUAUGACUGAUCUUUACAAGAAUCCUGAAAAGUUGGGAGAAAUGUUCCAAACACUCAUGGGGGACUUUGACAAUGACGAGAAAAUUGAAGAAGUCAGACAACAACUUUUGGCAAACCCUGAUCUCGGAAUUCCAGGAUUGAGCGAGGCUUUUGAGACACCUGAGAUGAAGGAGAUGCUCAGCGACCCACAAAAAUGGAGAGAAGCCGUCAAGGAAGGAAAAGGAAUGUUCGGUGCUGGUGCAGCCGGUGCUGGUGUUGGUGAACUAUAA